AUGAGCUUAAAGGAGUUCUGGAGGAGUUACAACAUCUACGAUGGCUUCAAAAACAUUGCAGACUCUUGGGAGGAAGUGAAGGAGACAAAGGUGAAAGGAGUCCGGAACAAACUGUUCCCCCCCAGUCCGCAGAUGGUUUUACCGAGUUUCGAGGUGAGGACCUCGCCGAGGGAAGGUCCAUCCUCUCCAACACCAGACCAACCCUCGUCAACACCAGGCCCAUCCUCUCCAACACAUGGCCCAUCCUCUCCAACACCAGGCCCAUCCUCUCCCACAUCGGGCCCAUCCUCUCCAACACCUGGCUCAUCCUCUCCCAUACCAGGCCCACCCUCUCCAACACCAGGCCCAUCCUCUCCCACACCAGGUCUGUGCUCUCUAACACCAGGCCCAACCUCUACCACACCAGGCCCAUUCUCUCCAACACCGGGCCCAUCCUCUCCAACACCAGGUCCAUCCUCUCCAACACCAGGCCCAUCCUCUCCCACACCUGGUCCAUCCUGUCCAACACCUGGCCCAUACUCUCCAACACCAGGCCCAUCCUCUCCCACACCUGGUCCAUCCUCUCCCACACCAGGCCCAUCCUCUCCAACACCAGACCCAUCCUCUCCCACACCAGGCCCAUCCUCUCCCACACCAGGCCCAUCCUCUCUUACACCAGGUCCGUGCUCUCCAAUACCAGGCCCAUCCUCUCCCAUACCUGGUCCAUCCUGUCCAACACCAGGCCCAUCCUCUCCCACACCUGGUCCAUCCUGUCCAACACCUGGCCCAUCCUCUCCCACACCAGGCCCAUCCUCUCUUACACCAGGUCCGUGCUCUCCCACACCAGGCCUAUCCUCUCCCACACCAGGCCCAUCCUCUCCAACACCAGGCCAACCCUCUCCCACACCAGGCCCAUCCUCUCCCACACCAGGCCCAUCCUCUCUUACACCAGGCCAACCCUCUCCAACUCCUGGCCCAUCCUCUGCAACACCAGGCCCAUCCUCUCCAACACCUGGCCCAUCCUCUCUCACACCUGGUCCAUCCUCUCCAACACCAGGCCAACCCUCUCCAACACCAGGCCUACCCUCUCCAACACCAGACCCAUCCUCUCUUACACCAGGCCAACCCUCUCCAACCCCAGGCCCAUCCUCUCCCACACCUGGUCCAUCCUGUCCAACACCUGGCCCAUCCUCUCCCACACCAGGCCCAUCCUCUCUUACACCAGGUCUGUGCUCUCCCACACCAGGCCCAUCUUCUCCCAUACCAGGCCCAUCUUCUCCCACACCAGGCCCACCCUCUCCCACUCCAGGCCCAUCCUAUCCAACACCUGGCCCAUCCUAUCCAACGAGGAGAAGUAGAAAUCAGUCAAUCUCCGGUUUAAGCAGCCUGAACGCCAUGGCCUUCACCCUCUCUGAGCAAAGACAUCUCGGUCUGCCAUUUACUUUGAUCCGUCUCUCCGGCCUGGCCGGCUGCAGACCAAUUGGAAUGCGGUGA